CGUGCUAGCAAACCACUCCCUCCAUCUUCCAUCUUGUAUCCACCGAAACCCGCGAAGCACGGUCCCCCCAUCCCACAUUCUCACGUCUUUUGCGCCUCACAACAAACACAUUUCACUAUUUUCAAAACAAGUCAAACAUCCUUCCUCUACAACGUAUUACAGACCAACAAUGCUGUUGUCGGAUGAAUCUUUAGCACAUCAGAAACAGUGGUAACAGCGGUAACUAAGUCCAGUUGAAAAGACAAAGAAGAAAAUCACAAAUAAACCAUACAUUUGAAAAGGAACAAAAUAAGGAAAAAAACAAGAAAAAGAUUAAAAGAUCGUUGCUUUCUGGAUGUUCACGCCAAGAUCUCAUCUGGGUAUUGUUAAUUCAGGUGGUUAUUGUUUGAUUUGAAGAAGUUUGGAUACAAACAGUUGGUUUUGGGUUGAAGAAAAAAGUUGGUGGUAAAAAAGGAUGAAUCUUUUUGUUUAAAGAUUUAAAAGAUUGUUGCUUUCUGGUUGUUUAUGCCAAGAUCUCAUCUGGGUAUUGUUAUAUCAGGUGAUUUAGGUUUUGGGGUGCAAGAAUCUUGAAAAAAAAAUUAUUUGAUUUGAAGGAAUUUGAGUACAAAAAGUGGGUUUUGGGUUGAAGAAAAAAGUUGGUGAAAAAAGGAUGAAUCUUUUGAGGAAAGAUCCGGGACUUCCAACUGAUUCAUUCUAUGAGGUUCGAGCUGAAUGUACUGAUGUUCCUAAAACCAAGUUUAAGAUUAAGUCUGGGAAGACCCUUAGUGUAAGGAAGUGGCGGUCUGCUUUCAGUCCAGAAGGUUAUCUUGAUAUAGGCCAGACCCUUGGUCGAAUUUAUCGUGGAGGGGUACAUCCAACAAUUAGAGGAGAGGUAUGGGAAUUUCUACUCGGUUGUUUUGAUCCUAAAAGCACAUAUGAAGAGCGAAAAGAGAUACGAUUAGCUCGAAGAGAAGAGUAUGUGCGGCUAAAAGAACUAUGCACAUAUAUGUUCCCUCUUGUCGGAAGUGGAAAAUUCAUCACCGCUCCUGUGAUCACAGAAGACGGUACUCCAACCGAAGAUCCUAUUGUUCUUCUAGAAGCAAACCAUGAAAAGCUUAUGACGCCAACAGCUCAAGCAACUGUUGGUUCAGGUUCAGCAAAGCCUUGUCCUAAGGAGGAAGACAAGAAGAUAAUUCAAUGGAAACUUACACUACAUCAAAUAGGUCUUGAUGUGGUUCGGACAGACAGGACGCUAGUAUUUUAUGAAAAGCCGGAAAAUUUAGGCAAACUUUGGGAUGUUCUUUCGGUUUAUGCUUGGUUCGAUAAAGAAGUCGGUUAUGGUCAAGGGAUGAGUGAUCUUUGUUCUCCAAUGAUUAUGCUUCUCGAAGAUGAAGCAGAUGCGUUUUGGUGCUUUGAACGUCUAAUGCGUAGACUGCGAGGGAAUUUUAAAUGCAUAGGGAGUACCGUAGGGGUGGAGUCACAACUUUGCAACUUAGCUAAUGUUAUUCAAGUUGUUGACCCUAAACUUCAUAAGCACUUGGACCACAUAGGUGGUGGCGAUUAUCUAUUUGCGUUUAGGAUGCUUAUGGUGUUAUUCAGACGAGAAGUUUCUUUCGGUGAUUCAUUGUACUUAUGGGAGAUGAUGUGGGCUUUGGAGUAUGAUCCCGAUUUAUACACUUUAUAUGAGGAAUCUGAUUCAGAGAGACCCGAAGAUGCUAAAGGAAAACGAAAAUCAUCACGCCAAUGUGGCAAAUAUGAAAGGGAAUAUUUGAGAAGUGGGGCCAAAAACGGAGAAACACUCCCGAUUUCUGUAUUUCUUGUUGCGAGUGUGCUCAAGGAGAAAAGUGUCAAACUGCUCACAGAAGCCAAGGGACUCGAUGAUGUUGUCAAGAUAUUGAAUGAUACAUCGGGCAACCUGGAUGCUAGAAAAUCCUGCUCGGGGGCUAUGAAACUUCAUAAAAAGUAUUUGAAGAAGAUGAAGACGGAGAAACCAUCUUCAUGACCACUGCUUUGAAAUUUGAAGACUUUGAGCUUGUGUUAACUGGGUUCAGUGACAUGAAGAUUUCUCUUUGAGGAAACAAAACGAUGAAACAUAGUGUUGGAGCUAAUUCGAUUGUAACAGCGACUAAUGUUAAUUUAUGUACAAUUUUUUUUUCUAAACCCAUUAUGUGUAUAGGAGAAGUACGUUUGAUUAUUUUUCUAGACGAUGUGUGUAUAAAACUACUGUUGUAUAUUUAGUAAUUUAGUUAAUGAGAAGAUGAUGGAUUAUAUAUUUUUUUAUGAA